ACUUUGAAAGUACAAAGUGAAAUACUUUGAAAAUAGAAAUUUUUAAAAUUUUGUUGAAGUAAUUUAGUGCGAUUAUGACCAACUUGAUAUGCGUUUCCUUAGCUGGAUUACUCCACGUGAUCCAGUUCCUGGCGUUUUAUUCCAGAAGUGCCAAUACUCCGGCACCGAAACUACCCUCGCUAUUUGUGGGUCUUGCUGCGAUGGAUAUUAUAUGGGACAAUUGCUUCGUUCCCCGGAAACUUCAAAAGAGGUCGGCUGUGAUCAGGUGGAUAUACGAAUUGAUAGUGUCACACUUGCUAUUGGGGCUUGUCCAGGUGUUUUGGAAGCCAGUGGAUAAUAUAUGUGUCAUCCUGAUGAGACUCAUAAUACUCGGCACUGGCAUCGUCUCGGAGACCAACUAUGAAAACUACGAAAGCUACUGGGUGGGCUUUCUUACCGUGCCGUUGUCCCUUCUGAUCCUAGCAAUAGCCGGCCAAGCCACUGACCAUUUCUCCGUGUUACGCGCUUACAAAAUGCAAAAUGUGGGGGCCUUAAAGUAUCCGACGAAGAGGCUGCCGCAUCGUUCCGAUUCUGAGAGAGCACAGGGAUCAGGCACGCCGACAGCGUCAGCAAUAAAGGGAAACUUGUGAUAGGCACGAGAAUUCAAUUGGAUUCGUUUAUUUAAUGCAAGAAAUAAAAAGAUCAUAAU